AUGACUAGACGCAGUGACAGCGAUAAUGACGGAGAGACUUCAUCCCCGUCUCCGUCCUGGCGCCCAAAGAAAUGUAAAGGUGAAAAGCAUGUGUCUUUCCCUCCGGAUGAGGAGAUAGUGUCAGGCUUCGCUGAGCGCAAGGACACGAUCAAUGUUGACAGCCUCACCUUGGCAGAGGUAAUUGAGGCCUACAAGAGGAGCUGCGACAAGCACCAGGUGGAACCUAAACCCAAGAUUCUGGAACAACUUGAGAGUGUGUGUCUGUUGAGGCUGGAUGUGUGUAACGUGGCCCUGCUACAGUAUCCAGCCCAGGUCCUGUCAAGAGCCCUCCUCAGCAGCAGACUCACCAUGCUGCACCUCCAAAGCACCUGCCUCAGCGGCAGACCCCUCUUCACGCUUGUGGCUGCUCUGAAGAGCAACAGAGCACUCCGGGAGCUGUACCUGUCCAACAAUAAUCUGAACAGCGAACAGGACUCUAUGCAGUUAAGAGACCUGCUCAGAUACAACAGCUCAAUCACUACUCUGGACCUCAGCAACAACACCAUAGCAAACUCAGGACUGGAGGAGAUCUGUGAAGGUCUGAGAGGUCAGACAGAUGGACUGAAGGUUCUGAUUCUAUGGAACAACCAGAUCACUAACAAUGGACUGGUCCAUCUAGCCAAAGUUCUGCCUGUCCUAAAGACUCUGGAGACAUUGAACCUGGAGAAUAACCUGCAGAACAGAGGUAUCCACACACUGAGGGAAUCUCUGAUGAUGAACCACUCACUUUUGCAGCUAGGCCUGGAACACACACACAUCACGUGUGAAGGUGCUGUGGCUUUGGCUGAGUUCCUAGCUGAGAGCCGUCAGAUCCAGCGUCUGGACGUGCGUGAGAACGAGGUCAGGGCUGGAGGUCUCAUGGCCCUCUCUCUGGCCUUACGAAUCAACCACAGCCUCACCUCACUAGACCUGGACCACACACCCAAACAGGAACAGAAGGCAGCGGCUGUGAACUCUGACUCUCUGACUCUGGCAGCAGCAGUGUUGGCACGGCUUGAAGCGGGGUGUCGGGUUGGGUGCCGGGGGUGUGGGUGGCACGGGGCGGUUGGAGCGGGUAGAGCGGAAGGCGGUGUGGUGCCUGUGCCUCCUCUCCUGGCUGCUGUGCGGCGAGCACCGGCCCGGCCGCGCAGUGGGAAGGAGGAGGAGGAGGGAGAAGGAGACCCAUGCUGCUGCCUCUGCUUCACAGAGGACUUUCUGAUGGAGACCCAGAAGAGUCUACUGAGAGAGAUCAGUGAGCUCUGCACGGGGAACGCUGCACGUUACCGCAUCGCCACGGAAACAGAGCUGCCGUGGCCCGACUCCUCUGAGACCUGCUGA